AUGGCACUUAAAGUGCACAAAGCUUGGGAGGUUGUAGAGACAGAGACUCUUGAUACCGAGAAGAAUAACUUGGCGAUGGCUCUGUUGUUUCAAUCAGUACCAGAGAGCCUCGUACUGCAGGUAGCCGAGUUUGAAACAGCAAAACAAGUAUGGGAAGCCAUUAAAACUAGGCAUGUAGGAGCAGAACGUGUGAGGGAAGCUAGACUGCAAACAUUACUAUCGGAGUUUGAUCGGCUUCGUAUGAAAGAAACAGAGAGCAUUGAUGAUUUCGGAGGAAAGCUAUCAGAAUUGGCAUCUAAAUCAGCUGCUUUAGGAACGACAAUCGAAGAAUCCAAGAUCGUUAAGAAGUUUCUAUCAAGUCUACCUCGCAAGAAGUAUAUACAAAUUGUUGCCUCCCUGGAGCAAGUACUUGAUCUCAAUAAGACAAGCUUUGAAGACAUUUUUGGACGUUUAAAAGCUUACGAAGAACGUAUUCAAGAUGAGACUUCAGAAGAAGAUGACAAAGGAAAACUGUUGUAUACAAAUAGUGAAGGACAAGCAAGACAAGCAGCUAAACCUCAAGGUGACUACUCUUCUCAAUGGGGAAAUCGAGACCAUAACGAAUCAUAUAGAGGAAGAGGUCGAGGAGGACGCUCUUACAGAGGCAGAGGCCAUGGUCGUUAUAAUGAAGGAAGAAACUAUAAUGGAGGAUACUAUAAUGGAGGAAGAGAAGGAGCUAGAGACGCGUCACACAUAACCUGUUACAGGUGUGAUAAGGUUGGUCAUUUCGUUGCGCAGUGUCCAGAGCUCUUGCUGAAGCUACAAGAGACUCAAGAAGCAGACAACACAGAGACACAAGAAGCCGACGAGCUCAUGAUGCACGAGAUCGUUUUUUUGAAUGAGAAGAAAGUGUUGCCUGAGAAAUACGAGACCAAAGAUAAAGGAGCAAACGUUUGGUACCUUGAUAAUGGAGCUUCAAAUCAUAUGACUGGCGACGUAAGGUACUUCUCCAAACUUGAUAACACGAUCUCCGGGAAGGUACGCUUUGGAGAUGACUCUAGAAUAGACAUCAAAGGCAAAGGCACAAUUUCGUUUACGGAUAUGAAUGGAGUGCGAGACAGAUGA